GUCUCCCUCCUCCCCGCCACCUACCUACAGUAUUCUCGCCGGGACAAAGCCAUGAAGCAGGCGCUGCUGGAAGUAAUGAGGAUCAAUCGGAUUUGUCGGAUGGUUUUGGUCACUUGCUUGGGAUCCUUCGCCCUCGUCAUCUUCUAUUUCCAAAGUAUGUUGCAUCCAGUAAUACGUAGGAAUAGCUUUGGGAUGGACAUCUGCUGCCGAAAAGGAUCAAGAAGCCCAUUACAAGAACUCUACAACCCAACCCAGUUGGAAUUAUCCAGCACUGCAAUCCUUCAUCAAAUCCGGAGAGAUCAAGUGACAGAUACCUGUCGAGCCAACAGCAUGUCCACCAAGAAGCGCCGUGUCCUGACCCCUAACGAUCUCAAACAUUUAGUGGUUGAUGAAGAUCAUGAACUGAUUUAUUGCUAUGUCCCCAAAGUGGCCUGUACCAACUGGAAAAGAGUCAUGAUGGUGUUGACUGGGAGAGGAAAAUACACAGAUCCUAUGGAGAUACCAGCAAAUGAAGCCCAUGUCUCAUCCAACUUGAAAACCCUCAACCAGUACAGCAUUCCAGAGAUCAACCAUCGCUUGAAAAACUACAUGAAGUUCUUGUUUGUCCGUGAGCCUUUUGAGAGACUGGUGUCAGCCUACAGAAACAAAUUCACCCAAAAAUAUAACACCUCCUUUCACAAGAGAUAUGGUACCAAAAUUGUGAAACGCCAAAGGAAAAAUGCGACACAAGAGGCUCUGCAGAAAGGUGAUGAUGUAAAAUUUGAAGAGUUUGUGGCUUAUCUCAUAGACCCGCAAACUCAAAGAGAAGAGCCAUUCAAUGAACACUGGCAAACUGUCUUUUCUCUGUGCCAUCCUUGUCACAUCCAUUAUGACCUCAUAGGGAAGUACGAGACUCUUGAGGAGGAUUCCAACUACAUCCUUCAACUAGCAGGAGUAGGAAACUAUCUCAAGUUCCCCACUUAUGCAAAGUCUACAAGAACUACUGAUGAAAUGACUGCAGAGUUCUUCCAGAACAUCAGUUCGGAGCACCAAACACAGCUCUAUGACGUCUACAAACUUGAUUUUUUAAUGUUUAAUUACUCAGUGCCAAGCUACCUGAAACUGGAAUGAAAUGUGGAUACCCAGAG